AUGUCAAAACUAUUUGUUUCGUAUCUCUUCAUCUCCAUGUUUGUUCUCUCAGCUUUUCUGGCUUUGCCAAGUGCAGAGGGAGCGAAUAUAAGAACAUGUAGUGUGACCUUGAACCUUAGCAAGCCAUGCAGUUUUCAGGAAUGCCAACCACUUUGUCUUCAAAAGUACAAGGGGAAUGGCGUUUGUCUUGGAGAUAACAACAGUAUUUGCAGUUGCGUUUACAAUUGCUAG